AUGUCCUCCAACGCGUCCCGCGCGGCCUUUGGAGACAGGGAGCCCCGAUGGUCAGCUGUUGGCUCAAGCCCUCCUCCACGCCUUCGUCCGCGCCAACGCCCACGCUCAAGGCCACGGACAAGCACCAGUUCUGCAAGCACGCGCUCCCCCUGCUGGUCGGAGGGCGAAGCUCAUCCUGCCCUGUCAGGAGCGUUGGGAGCACCAUUUUUGUUGGAGGACCCCGCAAACCAGUUCCUACAUCUCAAAAGACACAUAUAUUUGCAGGAUUACUGGGACCCAGAUGGCAAUCCAAAUAUGUGGGGAAACACGCUGGCUGAUAAGGCUCAUGAAACAUGGACUGCUUUGAAAACAAUAGCACAAUAUUAUCUGAAUGUGAAUACCUUCACUUUUGACAUGUCCACUUCCCAGUAA